GACUUCUAUGUGAGUUGUCGGUUAUUUCCAAACUAGUUUCGAUCGGUAAAAAGGAGAUGAUGGUCGUAAAUAUUGUGGAGAUAAGAAUUCUAUCAUUAAACAACAUUAUAAAAUGUGUACGUGAUGUCUUAGAGGCAACCAGAAAGAUACAACGCAGCCUUACUAUUCCUAAAGACGUGUGCCGUGGAGCCGAAAUUUCGUCACAACCUGACGCACGCCGUAGGGUUUUUGAGGAAACAUGUGUGCUUUGUGCUUUCUUUGACAAACAAGAUGAUUAAUGAAAGGUUUUUGUUCAUCUUAGUAUUUAUGAUCGCAACAUUGAAGACGUUUAAAUCGGAAAAUUCACAAUCCCUUGAAGAAAAUUUUCGAGAAAAGAGGCAAAUAAAUAGUCUUCCCCUAGUUUAUCCAUAUGGAGGAACGUAUAAGCUUCUAAUCGGAUUUGCCGCACCUGUGCAUGUAGAAAACUACAUUAGUCUGCUUUUUGCUGCCAAUUUCCAAUAUCAAUAUCUACAGAUUCAAAACAUAUCAAGUUUGUCUCAGUAUUAUUUCAUAAAAGAAGUGUCUAGAGAAGAAAGAGACGCUGAUCUACUAUCAAGAAGAGAUGAAAGGCUGGUAUUUUAUAAAUCGUUAGCAGAUAUGUUAGAAAUGAAAGGAUUCGGUGGUCAGGAUUGUGUGUUGAGAGCAAUCUGCGAAAAUGCACAAUAUCCACUAGAAGAUGAGGGCUUAGUGGGAGAGAUUUUACAUAUUUUGUUGACUCCAGACUACGGGUAUUCAGCAUUUGAAAAGCAAGAUUUUGACUGGUCGGAUGUUAUGUCAAUGUAUAAGGAUGCGGCAACUGCAGGCAAGCAGAUGUUCAACUGUGGCUAUAUAUACAAUGGUUGUCCGGAGGAACAGAGCCUAUUAGAUUUGAUUAGUGUAUUGAGAGAUGACUUGGAAUAGCAACUAUUGUAAAAAUUAUCGAUGCAUUAUGCAUGUUGUUCAAAGGAAAUAUAAGGAAUAAAUUGUUAUUUAAGUAGUUUUUAUUUUGAGAGUAUAAUACAUUGUUUUAGUUUAUAU